AUGGAGGAAAGCAUAGAUAGGAUCAGCAAUUUACCAGAUGACAUAAUUGAUCACAUACUGUCUUUUUUGGACAUGAAAUAUGUAGUCCGAACCAGCCUUUUGUCCAGUGGAUGGAAAGAUACGUGGACCUCGGUUUCCACUCUAUACUUCUGCACCAGUGAAUUCAUGAGUUCUGAAACUAAAGAGGUACUUCCUUUUGUGAGAUUUCUUGACAGGGUACUCAUGUACAAAGGCUUAUCCAGCAUAGAGGAAUUUCAUCUUUACUGGGAUAAUAAAUCUAAUGAGAUAGCAAAAAAUCUUGAUACAUGGAUCAUUGUUGCUUUAAAACAUAGCGUUCAACGAUUAACUAUUGAGAUAGAAUAUAACGAGAAUUUAACAUUUAGGCCUCCACAUCGUCUCUUUAAGUUUUCGUCAUUAACUUCGUUGGUACUCGAUUUUAAUGGCUCACAAGUCGUGCUUCCUGACUCAAUGUGUUUACCUCGGGUCGAAUAUUUGGACCUGUGUAAUAUAAGAAUUGAUGAUGUGAAAAUACUUAAUAAGCUAUUAUCAAGCUGCCCGGUUCUUGAAGAUCUUAUAUUAAGAGAUAUUGUGGCCAGAAAUACAGAUGGUGUGAGCGUCAUCGAGUCUUCUCAUCUGCAGUAUCUGGAAAUAGUUACCUGUAAUAUGGCUAAGAUUUUCAAGCUGUCUACUCCAAGUCUUGAAUCAUUCAUUUGCACCGACUACAUGAUACAAGAGUAUUCUCUAGGGAACCUUCCUUCUCUAGUCACUGUUAGUAUUAAUAUGGUGAUUAAAAAAAUAGAAGCAGAAGAAGAAGGAGACGCUAUAGAAGAAAAACUGUAUCCUGAGCAUAUGAUGAAAUAUUUGACAGCAGUUAAUAAUGUGGAAAAACUAACAUUGUUAUCUGAUGUCUUUCAGUCGAAUGUAGCAGAAGAUGGUGAAGUGGGAUUACUUUCAUGCGGAUUGUCUCAUCUCAAAUAUAUUGAGAUCAAAGGGAUGAAAGGAUGUGAUAAUGAACUCAAGUUUGUGGGACUUGUAUUGAAAGAGGCCGUAGUUUUGGAGGAAAUGGAUUUAUGUUUUAGUAAUCCUGAAGGCUCACCAGAUGCAACUGAAUCACCUGAUGAAUCGAAUCUAAUUGAGAAGUAUAUAAGAAAGCUAAGAGCACUUCCAAAUGUUCAGAAGUUUAUAGGAAAGCUAAGAGCACUAACAAAUGUUUCUUCAUGUUCGAUUAUGCUGAUCUUAUCAUCAGAAUGA